CUCCUCGCCGAUUUCAAGAUCUUCGUGCACCUGAGCAUUGAUUGGGCACGCUCACAUGAAGCAUUUUACGCGCAGUGAGGGAAAUGCAUCAGUACAGUACAGUAUUUUUGAAUUAUUUCAAAAAGUUGUCAACACUAGUAAUAGCACUCGACUCGAGUGAAGGAUUACUUAUUAGUGGUGUCGAGUCUGAAGCCCGAGCCAAUGCUGUAGUUGCUGAAGCCCCAUCCUAUGGAAUACUACCCACUCCCCGGCACAAGCUGCGCAGGGAAUUCAAACUGACGCACAGUCACUAUCAACGUUAUCAUUGCUGAGAUCAUCACUCGUACACGCAGCUGAUCCAUCACUAUCGGACACACAUGAGUCGUCGCAAUCUGAGUUUGGCUGGGCAUGAUUGGACUCAGUUUCCAGUUGCGAUAUGUCAACGGACGUACUUUGCUGUGGUGGUUGCUCUGGCCUACUGGUGAGCGGAUUUGCGCAUGCAGUUUCGCAGCGGCAGAUGUCAGUGCACGCAAGAGAUGACUUCUUGCAUGAGCAGCGUUGAGUGUCACACACUCCUCGGCACCCGCAGCUGAUGAGGCUCUGAAGUUCUUUGCAACUGCCUGCUGUUCCGUCCAAUUCACAGCGACUUUGCCUGAGGGAAGAAACAAACAUUGUCACAGACAGUUAAUUUAUUCCUCGCGUAUAUUUGUGCAGUAGACAGUCAACGCUUCCGGCUGGUUGACCGUGCUUCCUCUCAAGCAGGAAGGUUAUGACAUGUCGGCGGUCCAGUUCCGCGAUCAGUUGGCCAUUCGCUAUGGCCAGGAGCCGAACGCUCUCCCGUCGCAUUGCGAUGGCUGUGGAGCUGCUUUCUCUCUACAGCAUGGUCUGGAUUGCAUGAAGGGUGGGCUCAUCAAGCGCGGGCACAACGAUGUCCGCGACUUCGAUGCCCGGCUGGCAGACGUUGCAUGGGGAGGUGUGGCUGUCGAGCCGGUGAUGGUACCUGUGCAGGAUGGCAACAACCGCCCCACACUGCAGGCGGAUUGGCUGGUCCGGGGAGUUUGGGAAGGAGACAGGGUGGCGUACUUUGACAACCGCAUCGUGGAUGCCGACGCACCCAGCUACGUCCGCUCGAACCUCUCUUGGAACGCCGUAUCCAACAGUGCUGCCUCUUCCAAGAAGAGAAAGUACAAGGCGGCCGCAGAGGAGCUGCGAGCAUCCUUCACCCCGCUGGUCUGCUCAACUGAUGGUGCACUGCACACAGAGUACCGUGCGUAUCAACGGCGACUUGCUAUGCGCCUUGCCUCCAGGUGGGACAAGUCCUACAGCAACGUCAUGUCCUGGGUGCGGAUCCACCAUCAGUUUGCUGUUUUCCGGGCUGUCGACCUUCGUCUCCGGGGUUCACGUCGUCGUCUCGGUGGGCUGGCAAUUUGCGAUGGUGUCGGCCUUGGCGUUGGCCGUUAACAUUCAUGCGUAUGGCACUUGUUGUUGUUGUGUGUGUGUGUGUGUGUGUUUGUUUUCUUUCCUUUUCUUUUCAGCUAUCAUUUGCCCUGAUCAUGCCUCAUGCGUGUUUCACAGCAUAGUACGUUUCCGCUCAUUUUCUUCUUCAACAUACGCUAGCUGUAUUACUUUGUUCUUGCCCGUACAAGAGGCUUUUCCACCCGUAGACAGUCAUAGAUAUCUGGUUAAAUGGGAAGGGCAGCACUGUAUCCUUUAUCCUUUUAUCUGCUAAUUACAAUUCUUUCAACCUUGCAGUAUGUUUCUCAAUAUCCGCAGACUCCACUGUAGCCUUUGUAGACGCGUACCAUACCAUAACAAUUACACAAGUGUAAAUUUCCUCAUGCAUAACUUGAUCCAAAGUUGGGUACAUUACCGGUGCUAAUUAUUUAUCGGAACAA